UGCUUAAUAGAUGAAUUUGAAUGUUGUUUUUUGUUCCAGGUUUCGAGAGAGGGAAGGAAGACCUCCUGGCUCUGCCUUUGAAGGAGGAUUCUCACUCCAUAUCUAAGAGCAAGUCUGAAACAAAGCUGUACAAUGGCUCCGACAAAGACGUGUCUGCAUCCGGAGGAAAGCUCACCAAGAAGGAGUCCCUCAAGGUGCAGAAGAAAAACUACAGGGAGGAAAAGAAGAGGGCGACCAAGGAGCUGCUCAGCACCAUCACUGACCCCUCCGUCAUAGUGAUGGCCGACUGGCUAAAGAUCCGCGGCACUCUGAAGAGCUGGACCAAGCUGUGGUGCGUUCUGAAACCAGGCGUCCUGCUCAUCUACAAAACCCACAAGAACGGGCAGUGGGUCGGCACGGUGCUGCUGAACGCCUGCGAGCUCAUCGAGAGGCCGUCCAAGAAAGAUGGAUUCUGCUUCAAACUCUUCCACCCGCUGGAGCAGUCCAUCUGGGCCGUCAAGAUGUUUGAAAGCUGA